CUGACAUACCGCAGAAUUUUAUAAGAUGUUGCAGUUUUAAAGUUUUUGUUUAUUAUUACAGAAAGUGAUAACGAUUGUAACAUGGGUUUACAAAAAGGAUGUCCGUGUUGUAACGAUCAUCGGAAUGAAGAGGAAUACAUAAAGGUAUUAGAUUUCACCGCGGGCCUCGUUAUAUAUCUCGUUAAAACAGCAGUGGCUUCUGUGCAGCAAUGCGAAAAAAAAAUUAAUGCCAACAAUAUGUUUAUUAUACAAAAUACUACCAAUAGACAAGUAUCGACAUCAAAUUGUAUGUCUGAAUCGGAAGAUACUGUGUAUUGUCCACGAUGUAGAUAUAUUAUAAAACAUGCUAAAGAUUUGCUGCUGAAUGUACCAUUUAUAAAGAAAAGAGAUGUAAUUGGAGUGUGUGAUCAUUGUCGGUUAAGGGAAAGAAGAAUUGUACCAUGUAAUGAAUGUCAGAAAGUAGUAGCAGAAUUUAUAAAAGAUAAAGAAGAAAAUAUUAAGUUAGACAAUCAGAAUGCCAAAUUAAAAAAGCUAAAAGAAUUUACAUCAAAAUUGAAAAAUAAUCUUAUAGAUGUUGAAAAAUCUAAUGAAAUGAAAAAAAUAGAAUUAACACGGAGAACGCAUUCAGAAACAUCAUUACAUAAACAAGAUAUCACUUAUAAAAAGCAAGUAACAAUAUGUUGUAAAUAA